GGUUGAGCUCUACCGACGCGUGUGACCGACGGCCUGUAUCUAAUACCCACUUGCUAGACUACGCGUGUGAUGAUAUCUGUUCUCUUUGCUGCCUCUUUCCAAUUCUUGCGUUACACUCUCCAGUUGCUUGCAUUGCUGUAGCCCUCAUCUAAUUGCGAACAUCCGCUGCGAACGCGACGUAACCCAUAGAACGCGCCCACGAUGUCCACACUCACAGUCCACGGCCUCACAAAAGGCCAAAUAGACGAAAAGAUCCUCCUCUUAACCCACAACCUGAUCAACAUCCACGACACAACCGGCGAGUUUCUCCUAAAACUCGACGAUGGCCGCGUUAUCGACACCAAAGGUUGGGACGGCUGGGAGUGGACACACGGCAUCGGUCUCUACGGCCUAUGGCACUACUACACUUUGACAGGCAGCACGGCCACAAUGGACAUCAUGAAGGGCUGGUUUGACAAGCAGCUCAGCAAAGGCACAACCAAGAACAUCAACACCAUGAGCCCCUUCCUCACACUAGCAUAUCUAUACGAAGAGACAGGAAACAAGACAUUCGUGCCCUGGUUAGACACAUGGGCUGAAUGGGUGAUGCACGGUCUGCCCCGCACCAAAUUCGGCGGCUUCCAACACGAGACUUACAACUCGUUCAACAAGGAUGAACUCUGGGACGACACGCUCAUGAUGAGCGCACUGCCCCUCGCAAAGAUUGGUCUUGUACUCAACCGACCGGAAUACGUAGAGGAGGCAAAGCGCCAAUUCAUCCUCCAUUGCCAGUACCUCUGCGACACAUCCACAGGCCUGUUCUUCCACGGCUGGAAGUGGGAGGACAAGGGCGGAUUGGAAGUCGGACACAACUUUGCGCGAGCACGGUGGGCGCGUGGAAACUCGUGGUUGACGAUUGCGAUUCCGGAUUUCAUCGAACUGCUCGAUCUCAAGGAGACGGAUCCGCUGCGCCAGUUCCUCAUUGGUAUCCUCGAGUCGCAGUGUCAGGCGCUGUUGAAACUACAGGGCGAGAACGGCAUGUGGCGCACUCUCCUCGAUAUCCCGGUGUCAGAGGGUAGCUACGAGGAGGCGUCUGCUACGGCGGGCUUCGCAUAUGGUAUGCUCAAGGCGUGUCGGAAGCGGUAUAUUAGCGGGGAUGUGUAUCUGCAGAGCGCGGUCAAGGCGAUCAAGGCUGUGAUGGGUAAGAUUAGUGCGGAGGGAGAGCUGACAGAGACGAGCUUUGGAACGGGUAUGGGGCAUGACUUGCAGCAUUAUAAGGAUAUCAAGAUUACGAGUAUGCCGUAUGGGCAGGCCAUGGCUAUUAUGGCGCUGGGGGAGUUUAUGAGGACGUUUAUCUGAGGGGGGAUGUGUGGAUAGAGGUAGUAGAUGAUGAAUGAAUGGAUGAAUACCUAGGUAUUAGUACUCUUACACAAAUGAUAACUCUGAAAGGGGAAGAUCGUCACAAGUAGGUCGGUAAAACCCGGCAGUUCUGGACAUGUUCUCU